AUGCCAUCCAAUAAUAAUGUGCUGAUGCUGCCUCAAAUCCAACGAGAAGAUGCAGAGCGACUAUGGAGAUCACAACGCCGAGAAGUGGUAGAUGUGAUGACCACCAAAGAAAAGGAUGCUUCAGGAAAGGCCGGCAUAAGCAGUAUUCCAAGGCAUGAAAUGGACAAACUGGUCCAACUCUCUGAUUUCUUUUCGGCGCAUCUCUCUCUAGGAUUGGGACAAGAUCAUCCUUCGAUUCCCUUUCUCAUGUACUAUGACAACAAUGACAUGUCAUCUAUGCAACAAAGUUGUCUUUGGGGUCCUUUCAGUUUUCUGUCCAAGGCAUUGGUCAAGGCGUCCACCGUGGCAGCACAGUCGUUUGAUUUUGUCAACAACAAUACACCCCAGAAUCCAUCCGCACAGCAACAACACAACAACAACAAUCAUCAGAAAGUAGUAUCUCUAUUGCAAGGACGAACUGUCAUUUCAUUGCGCUACGACGAAUUCAUUACCAACGAAUUCCAUCAUUUCCUCUUGAAAGGACAACCCAUGACCAAUGAGUGGCAGAAAGCACACAGCUUUGCGGCGUUUCUCUACCACAAACCAACAGAAGCACUCGCCAUUAUUGGCACUGCCAUGAGUCUCGCCAUGGUCACGCUCUGGAGACACCAGCACAAUUAUCAUCAGUCCAACCUCGCUUCUUCUUCCAACGUUUCCAAUUCGGUCCUUGCAGGAAAAUUGGAACGCUUUUUGGAUGCUUCCAAAAUUCAAAUCAGACUCAUCAAUGCACAUCCAAAGCUCAACAUGAUGUCAGUCAAGACUGGCGUCGUGGGAAGAUUCGUAUCGGUCAAGGGACAUGUUGUCAAAGCACGGCCCAAACGUCUGCGAGUUGCAAUGGUCGACUUUGAAUGCAAAAAAUGCCGGGCUAAAAUCAUGCAUGCCUUGGACGGGGGCAAAUACUCGGUACCCACCAAAUGCACCACCCUCAAUUGCAAAUCCAGAGCAUUUUCCAUGACCAAGACCAUGGCCCACUACACAGAUGUGCAAGAACUCAAGUUGCAAGAGGCACAAGACGAAAGCAUAAUGCAUUCGGGACGGACACCACGACAAAUGUCUGUCGAAUUGACCCAUGAUCUGGUCGAUUCCUGUCGACCGGGAGAUAUUAUUCUGCUCAGUUGUAUCAUCGAUACGGUCAACACUGCCAUUGCCGCGGGACGAUCGGGAAAACGAGCCAAGGAAAACUGUACCUAUACACUAGUGCUGAAAGGACACGCCAUUACGACUCUCUCGGGAACAACCUCGCAAAACAAACCCAACAAGAACAACAAUCGAGACUCCAACAACAGUGCAUCAUCCAACAACAACAAUAUACAAUUCUCACAGCAACAACUCUCCUCCAUUGUCAAACUGUGUCAUGCAGAUCACAAGUUCUUUGGAAUGGGGGAACGCAUGGCAUUUCCGUUUGAUCUGUUGGUACGGUCUUUGUGCCCUGCCAUUUAUGGUCAUCAUGAAGUCAAGGCAGGAAUCCUGCUGUGCCUACUGGGAGGCACCCCACCUGCUAAUUCGUACACCAAAGCAGCUGCAAGCGAAGAACUAAGAAGCAACUCACACAUUCUGAUUGUUGGGGAUCCUGGAAUGGGUAAGUCUCAGAUGCUACUGGCAGCGACGCAAGUUGCCGCUCGCAGCGUGUAUGUGGGAGGCACCACGGCAUCCACAACGGGAUUGACAGUCUCUUUAACCCGCGAAGAGAACGGUGAGUCAGGUAUAGAAGCAGGGGCGCUCGUGCUGGGUGACAAGGGAGUGGUUUGUAUUGACGAGUUCGACAAAAUGCCCAAAAAGAGCCAAGACGGUUUGCUGGAGGCCAUGGAGCAGCAGGAAGUAUCCAUUGCCAAGGCGGGGGUACUGGCAUCUUUGCCAGCACGAUGCAGUGUCAUUGCAGCUGCCAACCCCAAGAAUGGAAGCUACAACAUGAACAAAACUGUUGCAGAGAAUCUCAACAUGUCGAAACCAAUUCUUUCUCGAUUCGACCUCGUUUACAUCUUGAGAGACCGGGCAGAUCAAGAUUUGGAUCGACGAGUGUCCAAAAGUAUCAUGAAUCUUCAUCGAGCGGCAAAGAAUAGCCACGGAGAAGGGGCCUUUGCCAGUGGAACAGCUCCUCCAAUGACAUACACACAACAAAACAAGGACCCAACGCAUCUUACCAGGGGUGGAAUAGAUCGGAUUCCAAUCUGGGAACGGCUCGCAUGGGUUGCCGACUUUCAAAAGACACCAUUGCCAGCUGAGUUGGUUCGAGACUACAUUGCCUAUGCUCGGGAGUACUGCAAGCCGAAAAUGACGGCAGAGGCGGCAGCAGUGCUCAAGGACUAUUUCAUGCAGCUAAGAUACCCCGAAGGUGGACUCAGGCGAAACGACACGGUCCCAAUUACCACACGACAACUCGAAGCUAUGAUUCGACUCUCUCAGGCCCGUGCGAAAGCCUGCCUACGGGAGUACGUGCUGGAAGGUGACGCAUUGGAUGUAGUCGAGCUGAUGCGGAAAUCAGUGGACCAAGUGCAUUCGGAUGAGAACAACAAACUAGACCCACUUCGUGGGGGGGCAGCCGGUAUAAGCAACCGGAAAGCCAGAAAGCUUUUCGAGGCGAAGAUGAAGGAAAUCAUAGGGGUCGGAGCAGAGUGUGCGAUGGAUGACCUCCGGAUGAUUGCAGAUCAGAUCAACUUUGGUCUGGGCGACUUCAAGCCAAUGAUUGACGACCUACGAGACAAGGGUGUUUUGCUUUUGAAAAGUUCGGGAAGAUAUCAAAUCGUUUCUUAGCUAGCAUACGUUACUGGUAGUAAGCUGCUUUUCCCGGGAUGUCUUGAUCCUACCGGUACUAUUACCUUGCUGGGGGUCCUGACGCAGGCAUCGACUUCAAAUGUUUUGUACAGUGCCGACAAAGACACCUUAGCUUUGGCUGUUUGUUGAGUUGCGAGCAUGCAGUUACGACGACCGGGAGAUGACACUAUUGAAAGCUGCCUGCGACAGAGCCACCUUCCCUUCGGCCUGCUGACGCUUCUUUCCCUUCUUCUGUUUCUCCAGCAGUUUUUUCUUCCGCGUCUGAUCUCCGCCGCCCACAACCUUGCCUGAUUUUAUGAGCACAUCCUUUCUGUAUGCCUUGAUUCUUUCGCUAGCAAUGAUUCUAUACACAAGGGUGCAACAAACACGAGUGAGCAGGGGAGAUAAUCAAGGUAGGUACCGGUACACCUCUGGAGGCUGACAUACUUUCCAGAAGCCUUUGCCUGAAUGACAGUUACGAACUGCUGUCUGGGUAGGACUUGUUGAAGCUUUUUGCACACAACUCUCGCUUGUCCUUGGGCGUCAUUUUUGUGGCAAACGAACGCCAUUGGUUCGACCUCGUCCCCGUUCAACAUAAUUUCUACCUUGUGCACAUCUGCUUCGCGAAAUGGGGGUUCUCCCUCGGUGGUGUCCAAGCUUCCGAAUCCAGCAGUAACAUUCUUCAGCUGAUCAUGAAAGUCAACCACAACCUCUGCCCACGGCAUUUGGGCUGUGAAGAUCCAGAUCUCCUCAUCAACAGGUUUCGUCUGUAGUUCCACUCCUCUUCUUCGACUAAUCAAUUCCAUUACCGACCCCGCGCAGUCCACAGGCGCCAUGAUCCUGACAGUCACCAUUGGUUCUUCGAUCUUGAAGCGAACUCCUUGUGUUGGCCAGUCCGCCAGAUCCUCUACAAUUACAGUAUGUUCUUGCUGAUUGCUGUCUUUUCUUGUGCCUUCCUUGUAGGUUAUUCUGUAAGGCACUUUUGGUGGCGUUACAAUCGCAUCGAUGUCCCAUUCAUCCUGCAGCCUUUGUCGAAACACUUCCAUGUGGAGAAUCCCCUGGAAUCCCACCCUCAGACCCGGCCCAAGAAAUGGACCGCCCUUUUCACUUCCACCUGCCAGAGCUGACGUUCUCGAGACUUCAAGUCCAACAUCGUUUAAUGCCAGACGAUCUACAGCGCUGCAUAGCUCAUCAAAGCCGUCUGAUUCGCUGGGAUGCACUGAUGCAUACAGUACCGAUUUUGUCACAUUGUGUGCACUCGUUAGAGCAGGCAACGCCAUUUCCAUUCCAAUGUGCUUUUGUAGAAUCAAGAUGGUGCCGGGUUGUGCUUGCCGAGGGUCGCGAAGGCCAAACCGUACAUAUCCCAUUUGCCCCCGUCUCAAUACUCCAGUUCGCUUGGCGUGUGGUAGGACCAUUCCAAUCUCUUGUACAGAAAAUGAUUGUUGAUUGUUGCCUUGUUGGCGUGAUGAUGAAGAUGAUUCUGUGUCCACAUCAUCAUUCUUCGCAAUGACAAUUCGAUCGCCCUCUGACAUGUUUCCGGACACGAUCUGCACCAAGCAAUUCACACCUCUGUCGUCAUACCAAGAGUCCACUACUUGUGCUCGCAGUAUCAUGUUUCCGUCAUCCUUGACGACUGGUCCUUUGUAGUCUUCCUCGCUGGAGUCAUCUGACAGUACGGGUGGUGGGGGCACAGUUCGGCAAAUGCGAUCGAGCACUUCGGCAAUCCCAAUUCUCAUGCGAGCACUUGUAGGAAUAAUGUUGUCGGGAUCUUCCCAAUCGAGCCAUUCCGACACCGCCAAUGCCACAUGAACGGGUCUAGCAGCAUCCAUGUCGACUUUGGUAAGUGCCAAUAUCAGUUCCGGUUUAUUGUGUUCCAUGGACUUGGCCUUGUCGUGAACCGUCCAUGUUUGUGCUUGAAUGCCUUGAGAAGCGUCCAAUAAUAGUACCGCCCCUUGCACAAAGGAUAAUGAGCGGGCCACUUCAGAUCCGAAAUCUACGUGGCCCGGUGUGUCGAUCAU